GCGUUUCCUACUCUACAGUCUACGCACAGACUGCGCCUGAGCAGGGAGUUCGGGGCGAUCACUGCAUGCAAGCUAACCCCGCAGCGCCACAGUAGCUCUCGUCAAUUCACUGGUAUGGUGUGCCCUGUAAGUUGUCUGACUGUGGGAACGUGACUCCAUUAAUGUGGAUACUUAAAUUACUACGAAUGUAUUCAUAUAUCAUGAAGAAUAAUAAAUAAAUAAAAACGUGAUCAAUUACUGUGUAGGUGUUUACUCGCAAGUUAUAUAUGUAUCAAACAUACAAGGUAGGCACCUCCCUACUGUGGAAGACAACGGGACACGACUUGUUGAACGAUGAAGUCCAUGUUAUCUGAAAAUGCACAAUCAGUAGACAAACAACCGUUUUUUCUUAAUGUAAACAAUAUAAUAUUGAAGAACUAAAAUAAUUACAGUCGAUGUUGAAGAAGGAAAAUAAUUAGUUCCAGACACCAGUCGAACGGCGUGGAUUUACUGAAGCCAGCAGAAGUACUGACGUGUGGAGGGCAGUAAUGGUGGCGGCCGAGGACUCAAGGAUGCUAUGGGUGGCAGUCAUCUUUGUGGCAGGAGCGUUCGCUGGCAGUCUUCCUGUGGCCGCAGCUGAACCUUCAUUGUAUUACGUAAACACUUCCCCUCUUGGCUCCUUUCUGGAAAAGUCUGGCAUGACCCUAAACAUCCAGGACACUUACGUCACGCUACGUGUCAAAAACAAAUCCACAUGCCGCGCUGCUUGUUGGUCACACACUCGCUGCGUGGCCGUAGCAGCGUUGGCUGACGGGGAGACAGUCCAGUGCCGUUUGGCUGACAGAGGACCCACAUGGACCAGUGUCACCACUGACUCUCGGGCUACCUACACCUAUUGGGAAAGCUCGCUUCCCAACGGCACAUAUGGUCUGCGUGAAGAUAAGAUGCUCUACCUGGUGGUUGCUGACAGAACUAAUUUCACAGCAGCAAAGGAACUGUGCAGUAGAAUUCCUGGACACCGUCUGGCCAUCACGAAAACCAUCAACCAACAUGAAACACUGCUUCGUAUUGCCAACGAAAAACAAACGAGUCUCUGGGUAGAUCUGCGGGCCGAGAAAACCACCGCGGGCUACAAAGUGCUGUGGGGCGACGACACUCUGUACAGCGACAGCGAGGCCUCCAGGAUGGCCAAGAUGUUCACCAGCCCAGAGACGCAGGAGACGGUGACGCGUUACUACAGGCUGAAGGGAAACGUGCUCCAUGACACCACACUGGCCAUGGAACUGUGUAAUCCACUCUGCCAGGCUAAUCCGAUGGGAUUAUAAUGCCUAAUACACGCCUCUAUUUUCAUAUCCUGUCAAAAGGGAUUAUAAGGGAAAUGAACAGCAAUAGAGCUUUAGGUCUUCACUAGGUGUUUUGAUUUCACUACAUUAUAAUAA